AGGGAAUACUCUGUAAUCAUUAAUGUCGUCAUUUUUAGCUCGUUGGAUUGGUUAUCUUUUAUACAAUUUUAGAGGUAGAGAUCAUGGUCUUGCUGUAAGAUUGCUUAACCUUGAAGAUCAAAACCCAGAAAUUGAAUUAACUAGUGCGGUAUUUAACGAUAAUGAUUACAUGCCACUCAGUAGCGCUGGUACAGGUGUUGGUGAUAAUCUUUCCCCUGAAUUGAAAAUUGUCUUACCAAGUGGCGAUUCUGCUACAGGCUCGUUGGUAUUAGUUUGUCAGGAUCUUGAUGCUCCCUUGCCAAAUCCAAUUACUCAUUUGUUUGCCUACGAUAUUCCAACCAAUAAAACUGAGUUCAAACAAGGCGAUUUGAACGAAACAGAUACCCCUGAAGGGUUCAAAUUUGGUUCAGGUGCAUUUGGACGUGUUGGAUAUAUUGGUCCUCGUCCUAUCCCAUGCCAUGGCGAUCAUCGUUACAUCUUCCAAGUGUUUGCAAUUAAUGAAAAGGCAACAAAGGAGUUCCGGGAAUUAGAUACCAGACCCGACCUUUCACGUGCCAUUGAAAUAAUGAAAGAUAACGUUAUCAGUUACGGGAAACUUACCGGAUUAUAUAAACGUGAUUAGAUUAUAAAUCGUUUAUAAAAAUUUCAAGU